ACAGGAAGUGAUAGGAUGACUCCUCUCUCUUGAACAUAAACAAAGCUUGCUCCUGUUCUGAGACGUGAUUACAGACAUGAGGGUGGAGACUAAACACGUCGCCAUGUGUUUUAUUUGUUCCUUUCAGGGCGUCCAGAUUGAGAGAUGAACCCCUUUCUGCCUCUCCUGCUGUGGUUAGCAGUCCUCUCUCCAGCAGUGUUUCCCCAGACUCCGGUCCAGAUCCAGUUCGAGCCCGACCCAGUUCUGGUCCAGACCGGCACAGACAUCGUCUUCACCGUGAAAACCGUGUCCCAGGUUUUCUCCAUAAGCUGGAGGUACCCUGGAGGCGGGUCUCCCCUGGGGGCGUGGACCGCGGCCGGCCCAGUCACCAACGCGCCGUCCCAGUACCAGGGCCGGGUCAGCAUCAGCGCCACCCAGCUGCGCAUCAGCGCCGCCCUACUGAAGGAUGCAGGGAACUACAGCGUGGAGGUGAACCCCCUGACCAGCACAGGGUUCACAACCAGCACCAGAACCAUCCUACUCAGGGUGUUCGAUGCCGUGACGGGGGUGAGUCUCUCCGUGCCUCCGGUGUCUCUGGAGAACAAGAACGUGUCUCUGGCCUGCUCCUGGGCCUCGGGCACGGAGGCCAGCGUCGAGUGGAGCAGGGACGGCACUGCCCUCCCCGCCAGCGCCCGCGUCACCAUCUCCCAGGGUUCCCUGCUCAUCUACCCGGCUCUGAGGGCCGAUGCUGGCAGCUACUCCUGCAUCGUUAGCAACCCUGUCAGUGCUGGCACCGCCAGCAACACCCUCACUGUCUACUAUGGCCCUGACCCCCCCCAGAUCACCAAGUCCUCCCCAGCCCAGUGUGUUGGGGGUGUGGACGCGGUCGUGGGCCAGACCGUUCAGCUGGCCUGCUCGUCCUCCUCCCUCCCCCCUGCCCUCUUCUCAUGGCUUCUGAACGGACAGCCCGUGGCCUCCAGCCAACCAGACAGCAGCGUGCUGACCCUGCAGACCUUCUCGGCCAAUCAGAGCGGCCGGUACAGCUGCGUGGCCAGGAACGGGAUCACAGCGGGCACGUCACAGCAGGGCACAGACCUGGUCAUCACAGCCACCUGUCUCAGUCCAGGGGCUGUGGCAGGGAUAGUGAUCGGCUGCGUGGUUGGUUUGAUCUUAAUCAUCGUUGCCAUUAUACUGCUGGUGGGCUGGAGGAAGGUGAACCAGAAACUGAAGGAUUUGAUUCGAAAGAAUCCCCCAGAACAUCUCAUAGUUCAGGGUCCGGUCUCUGCAGGAGCAGGCAUAGAGAACCCAGCCCGUCCUCCAGAGCCUCAACUGCACGGCUCGACGCCCCCCCAGGAUCCCCCCAACCACCCGCCCCACUUCUACACCAUUCCCCUGGAUGUGCUGAGAGACACACACAGGAAGGACAACCUCCAGAGGGACCCCCAAACACUCCAACGCAACAGCCACAGCAACGACCUUCCACACAAUACCUAUACCAGUUCACACCCACAGCAUGGCCACCCCAACACACACACGCUCAGUGCCCCCCCGGACCCAGCAGCCCAGCAGCAGCCCAGCGUAGUGAUCCAGGCGGGGGAGGGGGGCACUGUGCCCCCCACCGUGCAGGUCAGCCUCAACGCCCUGCCAGCCUCCAGCCAGCACAACAACAAUUCUCAGAUGCCCAGCGUGAUUGUUAACCUCACCUCCUACCCUGCCAACCUCACCUCCAACCCUGCAUACAACCCUCAAACCAGCCAGCACACACAACUGUCUCAUAACCAACCACAGCAGGCCCAGCUGCCCCACAGCCAACAGGAGAGCAGCAUUCUAAUGAGCCAUGUGACCAGUGGUCGGUCUGGUGUUCAGAACAACCACCGGGACUUCCUGUCUGACGGGGCGCGGGGCAAGACGGGGGGCGAGCCCUACCCGCGCAACCUUCCGGAGGCCCGCCCUCUUGUUCCUACUGGCUACACACACUCCGUAGGCCACGCCCACUCCCGUCAGAGCCACGCCCACUCUGGAACUCCUCGCGGCGCCCACGGCAGCUCUGCCCCCCGUGGUUCCCCCUCGCCCCCCCGCCAGCGCCCCUGGGACCACCUGAUGGGCACCCCAGCCUACCCCAACCCCCCUGCCCCCAGGGAGCACUCACCCCCCUCCCGGCUCCGCAGGAACCAGACCCCCCCUCGGAGGAGAGCCCUCCCCAGAGAGGAGGCCCCGUCGCUGGGCAGACGGACCCAGACCAGCCCCUCCACCUCUGUUGGGACGGAGGUUCAGAGGGACAGCAGUGCCCCCCAGCCCGAGGCAGCAAGUCACACACACGCCAGCGGUGACAGAAGGAGGCAAAGAGAACGGCAGCGCAGUGGGGAUCUGUCUGCCUCCGGGCACACACACACACACAACCCACAAGACCAAAUCCAGGGGCCUCACAACAGCAGGCAGCUCUCUGCUAACCACGCAGCUGCGCCACAGGGCCCAUCUCCACCACAGGGCCCAUCAGCUCCACCACAGGGCCCAUCUCCACCACAGGGCCCAGACACUCGAACACUGGCAGACCCAAAUCAUAUCCCACAGACACUCCGGGCUGUACAACAUGCCACACACGCCAACACGCCACACGCCAACACGCCACACACUGGACACGCCUCACAGAGACUGCCCCCCACCUCCACCCAGCUCCCCCCACUCCACAGCAACCUCACCCAGACGGCCCUGGCAGUGCACACGCAAACCACCCACAACCCCUUCCACAACCGCCACCAGCAGACCCAGGCAGCCCUGCUGCACUCCGUGGCCCAGACGCAAGCGCCCCCGCCCCCCCCGGUGCUGCCCCUGGCCCAGUUCCAGGCCCUGCCCAGAGAGCGCGUGCAGAAGCCAGACCAGGGUCAGCACCCUCUCCACCCCCCCGUCCACAUGCCCCCAGCCCAGAGACAGUCCCAUCCACACCGUCUCCCUGGCAACACCCACAGACCCCACCCUCACCCCCAUGCCCAUACCCACAGACCCCACCCUCACCAUACCAGCCAGCCACACCCUCGCCGCUAGCCCUAUGACCACCCCCACCCCCAUACCCACCCCCAUGCACAUUCUUACACCAGGGACAGGGGAACCCAGGAGAACUCGGGGGAAUCCAGGAGAACUCAGGAGAACGCAGGAGAACCCAGGAGAACCCAGGAGAACUCAGGAGAACUCAGGAGAACCCAGGAGAACUCAGAAGAACUCAGGAGAACCCAGAAGAGACCAUGACCUGCGGCGGGGAAGGUUCCGGCUCGCUGACCCGACCUCUUGGUGUCUCCAUGGUGACGACGGAGAGAAGACGGUGGACGUGUUUAUUUGGCUGCUGCGUGCUGCGUUCAGAGUCUCUUGUUGUGUUCAGAGUCUCUUGUUGUGUUCAGAGUCUCUUGUUGUGUUCAGAGUCUCUUGUUGUGUUCAGAGUCUCUUGUUGUGUUCAGAGUCUCUGGAUGCUGAUUAGAGGGAUUGUCCUCGUGCUGAACAGGAAGUGCUCCAGUAGCUAUGAAGGGGACCCGACGAGGGCUUAUUAAUUAAGCACUUUUAUGUGACUUAAAUGACUCUGAAAAUAAUCCCUACGGUGCGUGAAGGAGGAGAGAGAGAGACAUGGAGAGAGAGAGAGAGAGAGAGAGAGGAGGGAGCGUGAGAGAGGGACAAGGAGAGAGAGAGAGCAGACGGAGAGAGGGGGAGAGAGAGGGAGAGAGACUGUGUUCUGUUUAAGCAGUGUGUGUGUAGCCGACAGCAGUCAUACAUGCUCUGCUUCUGAAUAUAAAUACACAGUCCAACUGUGUCUGUGGCUGACUGCUGCAGUGUGUGCAUUUCCAACAGUGUGUGUUAGCUGUGUCUGUGCUGUGCAUAUCCAACAGUGUGUGUUAGCUAGUGUGUGUUACCCAACAGGUUGGGUCUGACUGCACCCGUUUCAGUAGAUGUUUUAUGAGAUCACGUUUUAUUGAAUAUAAUAAAAUAUUUUGAUGACCCCUCGUUGUCUGGGUGGGGCGUUCUCUAUAAAAGUCAUGUUUACGCUGAGGGGCUGUAAGGACACCAGUGUCUACAGGGAUCACAAACUGCCCUGUGCCAACAGUCAUUAUGUGUACUUACUCAUUGAUAUGGUUAUCUUCUUCCUUGUGAAUUGAUCUUGAGGACUCAGGAGGUUGUUGCUGAGUCAGAUUUAUAAGACAGGGAGGAGAUUCUCUGGCUCUGCCUGGGAACAGCAGGAGAUAAGGAGGACGUGUUCACCUGCCUGUCAGAUCACCUGUACCCAACUUUCUCGUCUUCAGUCAUGACUUGGUGUGUUACAGCUCUGGUCCUGUUCUGGAACCUUCUGACACUUGUGUGUUAUGACGCCACAGGGAAGAUGUCUGGACCAGGGCAUGAUUCAACCCCCCCACCUUCCUCUUUCACCACCAUCAGCCCACCGGCCUCAGAUUUGCCAGUGAUGUUGAUUGUGUGUGUGAUUCUGGCUGUCGUCGUGGUGAUGGUCUUUCUGGGUAUCUACUGUGCCUUCCAGCGCCACAGGUCUCAGAGGUGCCCUGGGCCCCUUACCAGCACUCAACAGGACAGGUACUGACCUGUCCUCCACCCAGCCCCUGGAGGAGGGUACUGACCUGUCCUACACCCAGCCCCUGGAGGAGGGUACUGACCUGUCUGCUCUGGAGGUCCCAGAGCAACCCUAGCAUCCAGCCUACCAGCCAGGGAUGAACACCUUCAGGGAGCUGUUGUACCUUCUCCUGCCACCAGAGGGAGCCAAGUGUGAGACAGAAUAAUGCUAUCGAUUGCCAACCUCUCCCCUCACUUCUAAAGACCUUUUCAAUUUGUGUGGCUGCCCAACAUUGCUUGUUCAAUAACAUGAAAUUAAAACACGAAACAUGAGCCAAAGGCAAAGAUACAAUUGGCUGUCGUCCAACAGAUAAACGGAGCAGGAACGCUUGCUGCUCCGUCUGACACUGCCUGAAAACGCUCACAGGAAAAUAUUGAUUCCAGCCACAACAGAGAAAACAGUGAACCCAGUAGCUGUAUCCUGUCUGAAGGAAACCUCGAGCACGAUACAGUAACUAGUGUUUUGUCCUGCACUGCUACACAGUCAGCAAAUUAAAAGAGUUGGAUACAGACUAAAUAAACAAUGGAAGAUAAAGUAAUGUGCAGUCCAGCCAGUAACCACCAGCCAGUAACAACCAGCCAGUAACCAAAAGCCAGUAAAUUCCAGUCAGUAACCACCAGCCAGUAACAUCGAGCCAGUAACCACCAGUCAGUAACAUCCAGCCAGUAACAUCCAGCUAAUAACCAGCAGCCAGCCAGUAACCAGCAGCCAGUAACAUCCAGCCAGUAACAUCCAGCCAGUCACCACCAGUCAGUAACCACCACUCAGAUACAACCAGCCAGUAACCAGCAGCCAGUAACAUCCAGCCAGUAACAUCCAGCCAGUCACCACCAGUCAGUAACCACCACUCAGAUACAACCAGCCAGUAACCAGCAGCCAGUAACAUCCAGCCAGUAACAUCCAGCCAGUAACCACCAGCCAGUAAUAGCCAGUUAGUAACCACCAGCCAGUAACAACCAGCCAGUAACCACCAGUCAGUAACAUCCAGCCAGUCACCACCAGUCAGUAACAUCCAGCCAGUCACCACCAGUCAGUAACCACCACUCAGAUACAACCAGCCAGUAACCACCAGCCAGUAACCACCAGCCAGUAACCACCAGCCAGUAACAUAAUUUGUGUAUUUGUUUGAACAUUUAUUAAAGAAUGACAAAGAACAUAA